CAUUGCGGAGACGGCUCGGUUGCUAUGACGGCUCGCCAUGGUAACAAGCAUCACCUAAUUUACUGCGCACACAGCACUUGCUCUCAAAUGCUGAGCUGCUAGCAGAUCGGAGCAGCCAUUUCUGAUACUCAGAAGACAAAAGAAAAGCAGGGGACAGGGGGACUAGUCACACAGAUAACGCGCCAUGUCGUAUAGAAACACAACAACCAGGAUCUACGCCUUGUUCUUUUUGAUGAUAACGCUAGGCCUGCCGUUCACCAAGCUCGCCCGAGCAGAGGAGCUGUCUGGUACCACCAUUCCUCCAGAAAGUCGCCCCUGUGUGGAUUGCCAUGCCUUUGAAUUUAUGCAGAGAGCUCUGCAAGACCUCAAAAAGACAGCAUACAACCUGGACUCUCGGACAGAGACACUUCUUCUCAAGGUGGAGCGGAGAACCCUGUGUGACUGCAUAUCUGUGGAGGGUUUGAGUUGAAGAUGGACGACAUUUCCUAAGGACAUCCCCCUUAACUCUUCUGCUGCUGGUCCGAGUCUGGCAAUGCAUUGUUUUGCAGUGUGGACGGACUUCCUCUGGCAGCCUAAGUGUUAAACAUGCAGCUCAUCUCAUGUAUUAUGAAUACACUUGACAAAUCCAUUCCAACACUGAUCCGUGCAUGUGUGCGAGGAGACAUUAUGGCUGGAAGACAUUCUCAAUAAAAUUACAGGAUUUUUUUUUAUUGCAUUAAUUUUUUGGGGGUUUUCACACUUUUGAUUAGAAUUGCAUUUUAUUGAAAUACUGAACACUGUCAUCAAUAGCACCCUGUGUCCGUCUAUCCAUACGUAAAUAAAUUUAUUUUCCUACAGCCAUUGGGAGAAUGACUCAACACAA